CAGAAUCACAGCGGUGGAGAAACAGUGGCGAUCACCAGUGCUGAGUGUCCAGCAGAGGGCGCCACAUCCUCCAGCAGAUCUGCCACACAGCUGAAGCACUGGCACAGCUGCUGCUCCCCCUGCUGGUGUACAGCGGGUUUGCAGACGAGCCCUCAGCUGCUCAGUGGUUGCUGGAGUUCUAGCUCAGGAUAUUGUGCUGCAGUGUUCAGAGGGGCUCGAUCAUGCGUUCCCGCAGCAGCAGUCUAGAGGACACCGGGAAGGCGGGGCUUUCUUCACCCAGGGGCGGGACGCGGCGGGACCAGGCCAAUCACAGCAGUCGACGCCCUCAAGAAGCCACACCCACCAUCCACAGAAACCACAGACAGAGGGAGCACAAGCCGAAGCCGAAGAGUCGAGACCUGACACGCGAUGACCUGCUGUUCCUGCUCAGCAUGCUGGAGGGAGAACUGCAGGCCAGAGACGAGGUGAUCACCGUCCUGAAAGCGGAGAAAAUCGACCUGGCGCUGCUGGAGGCCAAAUACGGUUUCGUGACGCCGACGGCGGUGCUGAAGAGCCUGCAGAGAGACGGCCUACAGCAGAGCAGCGGCUGGCAGGAGGACAUCUACGAGAAGCCCAUAGCAGAGCUGGACAGGCUGGUGGAGAAGCAGAGGGAAACACGCACGCACAAACACACAAUGAAGAACUGUGAAGACUUCCUGAAAGACGAGUUGAAUGAACAGCAGCAGGCUGAAGAUGAGCUGACACGACUGCAGGACGAGGAGAAUAAAGUGCUGCGUCUGGAGGAAGAGUUACGCAAGCAGACCUGCCACUUCCACCAGGAGCAGGACGCCAUGACGGCCAAACUGACCAAUGAAGACGCCCAGAACCGACAGCUGCGGCAGAAGCUCUCGUCCCUCAGCCGGCAGCUGGACGAGCUGGAAGAAACCAACAAAACCCUGCACAGGGCCGAGGAGGAGCUGCAGGAGCUGCGGGAUAAAAUCAGCCGCGGGGAGUGCGGAAACUCCAGCCUGGUCUCCGAGGUGGAGGAGCUGCGUAAACGGGUUCUGGAGAUGGAGGGCAAGGAUGAGGAGCUGAUCAAGAUGGAGGACAUGUGCAGAGAACUCAACCGAAAGCUGGAGAAGGAGGCCAAGCAGAGCUGCAGCCUAAAAGCAGAGGUGGACAAGCUGAACCAUAGAAUCAUGGAGCUGGAGAAGCUAGAGGACGCCUUCAGAAAGAGCAAGCAGGAGUGCAAUUCUCUGAAGAGCAACCUGGAGAAGGAGCGGACCAUGACUAAACACAUGUCCAACGAACUGGACGUACUGAGAGUCAGAAUCAAAGAGCUAGAGACCACCGAGGUUCACUUGGAGAAGACGGAGCUGACACUCAAAGAGGACCUGACAAAACUGAAGACACUGACCGUCAUGCUGGUGGACGAGAGAAAGGCUAUGGCAGAGAAGUUAAAGAUGAUGGAGGACAAGGUGCAAAACAGCACUGGCAAACUGCAGGCAGAGCAGGACAAAGUCAACACUGUCACCGAAAAACUGAUCGAGGAGAGCAAGAAAACUCUGCGCUCAAAAGCCGAGCUGGAGGAGAAGAUGUGCGUCGCCACUCGAGAGAGAGAUGAGCUCAAAGCCAAGCUGAAGACGGAGGAAGAGAAAAGCAGCGACCUUCAGUCCAAAGUAAGCAUGAUGAAAAAGAGACUUCAGUCACUGGAAACAGUGGAAAGAGAGUUACUGAGGAACAAAUCCAAAGAAGAGCACACAAAGAGUCCAGGUCCAUACCGCUACCAGCAGGAGGACAACAAAGUGAAAGAUCUGACCCAGGAAGUGGAACGUCUCAGGAGGAAGCUCAAGGAGAUGAAAGUGGUGGAGGGUGAUCUUUUGAAGACUGAGGAUGAGUUUGAAUCCCUGGAAAAGAGAUAUUCCAAUGAGCAGGAAAGAGCAAAAGCCCUGAUGGAGGAACUGGAGACGUCCAGGAAGGAGCUGUCCAAGUACCAGCUGGCGGAGAAAGAGGAGUCCAACCAGGAGCAGAUCCUGUACAAGCGUCUGAAGGAGGAAGAGGCCAAAUCCAGUCAUCUUACCAGAGAGGUCGAAGCCCUGAAAGAGAAGAUCCACGAGUACAUGGGCACAGAGGAAUCCAUCUGCCGCUUGAAAACAGACCACACCACCCUGCAGAGAAAGCUCACCCAGCAAGAGGUCAGGAAUAAAGAGCUGGCCCGAGAGAUGGAGACUCUUACACGGGAACUCGAGCGAUACCGGCGCUUCAGCAAGAGCCUACGACCGGGCAUGAACGGUAGACGAUUCUCAGAUCUCCACGUCUCCACAAAGGAGGUUCAGACAGACCCAACAGACAGUUUAUCCCCAAACUACAAGAAUCUCGCACCACUCGAACGUGCUCUAGUCAACGGCAAGCUGUACGUAGAAAGCGAUCCCGAAGACGAGGCCAACUACAAUGAGAUCCACCUCACAAAAUGCUCCCCGUCGCUCAUGAACAGCGUCAACAAUCUGAACAACAAUAUGAGGAGAGUCCGAGGCCCGUUCCUCAAGCCCAGAGAGAAUCACCAUGCAGUGAAUAACAAGAGACAGAAUGGAAAUCAUGUUCAGCAGGGAGAUGUGGUCCUCACACACAGUCCUGGGCAACCCGUGCACAUUAAAGUCACCCCUGACCACGGACACAACACUGCAACUCUGGAGAUCACCAGUCCUACAUCAGAGAAUGCUCCGUCCUACACCAGCACAGCGGUCAUCCCGACAACCGGUGCGCCCCCAAAACAGAGAAUCACAAUCCUCCAGAACUCCAUCUCUCCUUCUGGUAAACCCAAAGGUUCUCCUCCUCCUCCUGAGCGUCCCUGCACUCCCGACCGCUCCCUGUCUCCGCUCACCAUGACGGCCUAUUCACAAACUCUAACUUCAGAGUCAUGUGGACCGCUGACCCCAGACCGAGCCCUGUCCCCCAUUCAGAUUGUGUCGGUCACCACAGGAUCCCCCGACCGCUCUGAGCCAGCGGAGCUCCUGGGGGGCCAGACGGUGCUCCGGGUCAGUCCGGAGAGGCAGAACAGCUGGCAGAUACAGAGGUCCAACAGCACAGGUCCAAACGUCAUCACCACUGAUGACAAUAAAAUCCACAUCCACUUAGGCAGCCCCUACAUUCAGGCUGUGACCCCCUCAGCCAAACCCAUCGGCCCCUAUUACUCCCUGGGGCCGGAGCCACGGGUCCCCGUGUUGAACAACGGCACCCCGGCUAAAGGCAACAACAAAAUCACAAGCAGCAUCGUGAUAAAACCCACAUCCGGUCCAAUCUCUCGACCCUCACAAAUUACAGUAAGUAACCUCUGUGACUGACCCCAGCUGCCUAGUGUUUGGUUAGUGACUGUAGUGUCCCAGCGUCCACCCCUGCACCGUCCACACCUCCAGACCCGCACAUCUGACCUCUAGCGGCUAACCACUGCAAGUCCAGUCUGUUCUGUUUGAUUAAUCGUGAGAUGUUUAUGUGCAUGAUAAUACGACGACACAGUUGAGGAAACUACACGUAAUGAGGAUCAUACUCACUUCACUUUGAGGUUAAGUGCACUUACUGUUUACUGUAUCAUUAAAGUUCACUGAUUGAUGUA